GACGCAACAACACAGAAAGUGACACAGACAGUUACACAACACCAGAAGUAUACCUCAUAUAUACUUACUAUGCUCUCUCUCCUCACUCUCGUUGCCUCCGUUGCUGCCCUCAACCCAAUUGUCGUCAGGGACAAUGUAUUCUAUGACGCAGCCACAAACCAGCGCUUCUUCAUGAAGGGCGUCGACUACCAGCCAGGUGGCGCAUCAGCCGUCGAAGCAGGCAAAGACCCACUCUCAGACAUCUCCAUCUGUCUCCGUGAUGUCGCCGUCUUCCAAAAACUAGGUCUCAACACAGUUCGCGUCUACUCAGUCGACAAUGCACUCAACCACGACGCGUGCAUGUCCCUGUACGACGCAGCCGGCAUCUAUCUCAUUCUCGACGUCAACUCCCCCCUCGAAGGCCAGUACCUCAACAGGGAUACCCCAUACAUCACCUACAACUCCAUCUACGCCGAACACGUCUUCAAGACCAUCACCGUCUUUGGCGGAUACAGGAAUACCCUCGGCUUCUUCUCCGGCAAUGAGCUCAUCAACUCCGAUGUCUCUGCCCUCGCAUCACCUCCCUAUGUCAAAGCCAUCACACGCGACAUGAAGGCGUAUAUCCGUGCUCACCUCACGCGUCCAAUCCCUGUAGGUUACUCGGCUGCUGACGAUAUCAAGUACCGUCAAGAAAUCGCCACCUACAUGUCGUGCGGUACAGACUCGGAUGGUGUCAAUGACUUUUACGCCAUCAACUCGUAUCAGUGGUGCGGACAGCAAACCAUCCAAUCCUCUGGCUACGAUCAGCUCAUUGCCGGCUUCAGCAACUUCACCCUGCCCCUCUUCUUUUCCGAGUACGGUUGCAAUGAAGUGCGUCCACGGUCCUUUGGCGAGGUGGGUGCCAUCUAUGGCUCUCAAAUGACGCCCAAGUUUUCCGGUGGUCUCGUGUAUGAGUACACACAAGAAGCCAACAACUACGGACUCGUGAAUGUCUCGUCUGAUGGCGCAGUCGCUUACCGUGCAGACUAUGUUGCCUUUUCCUCGCAACUCGCACAAGCAACAGGCCUACCAACAAGCAUCCCAGCAACGCAAGGAGCCUACCCAACCUGUCCACCAGCCAGUGCCUACACCUACCUCAAUGGCUCACGCACACUGCCAUCCCUUGAAGAAGUCAACCGAUUGAUUCGUUCAGGUGUGUCUGCACGCGCCGGUACCAUCACCCCUGUUUCCUUGCCCACCUCUGGCGCUCUCGCCAUCAACGACCAGAAUGGCAAUGCCGUUGCCAACAAGCAAAUCACGCAAGCAUCGUCAUCCGGCACCGUUGGUAACCUCGCUAGCUUGUUUGGUUCCAACACGGGAUCCGCAUUACAGCAACAAACAGGUUCUGCGCGUGCCACCGGCUCCUCGAGUGCUUCCACAACGGCACGUUCCUCGGCACUCAAGAUGGGAUCUGCAUCCGGUGCAUUGGCUGUUGUCAGUCUCAUUGCUGCAUUCACUGCUGGUUUUGUACUUUUUUAGACUAGAACUAGUGACUAAACAAGCGGACCUUUUUAUCUGCACCCCCAGAAACGACUUUUCUCCCAUCACAACUCCAAUCCAGUGCAAACACCUCACCGGCAGACGUCGCCAUGUCGCUUUUCAAGGAGCGAUCACUCAUUUGCCAGACUUUGACGGUCGUAUCGUGAGAACAGGAUGCGAGCAGGCGUGAAUCAGACGACCACGCCACUUGAUACACAGCAGCAACAUGACCACGUAAGGUUGCUAGAAACGAACCCGUCGUCGCAUGCCAAAGUCGAAUGGAACCAUCAAACGAUGCCGUUGCAAGGCACGCGCCAUCUGGUGAAAAAGCAGCGUGAUUGACGACUUUUUGAUGACCAUGCAGGCGGAUCCCACUUUUUGAGGAGGUUUGUCGAAGAGGUUGCCAGAGGAUUGUUUGUAAAUCAUCUGACGACGAGACGAGACGUUCGCAUUGACCGGCAGACGCAGCGAUAUGUUGUUGCCAUCGUGCUUG